GUUGACAUCAUGACAUUGGGGAUUUCGCAGAGCACCGACACAAAAGAGGAAGCGACUUUGAAGAAGUCGCCAUCAAUUACAAACAUCUCGAAGUUUGCACAGCCGAAACCGCUUCCGAUCAGCUUCAAUAUGAAGAUCAGUGAGGAGCUCUCUGAGAUCAAGACGGCAUUGACGGACCUGAAAGUGCGUUCGAAAAACAACAACCAGAGUCUCACGAAACUAAACGAGAAUCUGGCGAGGUUCAAUGAGACGACGGGCAGCGAGGAGCGGAGAGAGUUCCAGACACUGGUGCAACAACUGCGCGAGCUUGUCGAGGAAUUGAGGACAGGAAAGGACCUGGGGGAGGCAGAAAAGGAGAGACAGGCUACGGAUAUUACAAGGGACCAGAUAUUGGCAGAUCAGAGCUAUCUGGAGGCCCUUCGUACCGAGCAGACCGAACUGCUCCAGAAAAAUAAAGCGGCCACGGAAGAGCUUUUGCGCACAGAAUUGGCCGCGUCUCAGCUGCGCGCCAAAUGUGUACAGUACACGUCUCACCUGAAAACGCUCCGGAGCGAGUUCGAGCGGCUCGAGACGGAGCGAGAGCAUCUGAUCAGCAAUCUAGAACACGAAAAGCAGAACAGCCACGCUCCAAGCGGCCAGAAACUGCUGGAUUUGCUCACAGCAGCAUCUCUCGACAAGGGUGAUACUUUCCGAACAGGCACGCGCGCAGAAAACAAGGAGAACCACCGCAUCUUCAGCUCCGUGUACUAGGGUUGACAUGAAAGCUUUUUUUUUUAUCAGCGGGCGCUUACGUAACAAAAUAUGGGCGGUGAGUUCUGGCGAAUGGCCGGGAACUCCGUGACCUGUGGAGGAGAGCAAGGAACAGUGCAUGGCGUGACGUCCCCACAAGACCCUAGUUAGCCCGUGAUUUUACAGGGCAGGCACGGGUCCCCAGCAAUUUUGUGUCCUGUCAAAUCGUCUCGCCUCGCGCCCCUACACCCC